GUCCAUAUUCUCAACAGCCAUGUUAUCCCACGCAGCAGGCAACUGUGGCUCCACCACACUACCCAACAGUCCAGGUCCCUCAGCCCCCCGCAUACGCAGAAGCCCCUCCGUCCUAUGCAGAGCUGUACGAUCCAAGAUAUGUGCACGCUCCAGCUAAUGUUGGUGCUGGCUUUCCAGGUGGUAUGUAUGUCCCGGUAACUGCUCAGAUGCCCAUGGGGCCAGUUGGUGCUGGGAUGCCCAUGACCUACUAUGCGGUGCCACAAUUAUUCCCUCAAUCCUCAACCGUCCUCAUGGAGCGAGGGUUCGAUCCAGGUGCCAGGUUUGGAGCGGGAGCCUCCGCUAGCAUUCCGCCUCCUCCGCCCGGCUGUCCUCCGAACGCAGCCCAGAUUGCGGCCAUGCAAGGUGCCAACGUCGUGGUGACGCAGAGAAAAGGCACCUGGUUCCUAGGCGGUUCGGACGGCGGCUACUCGGUCUGGUAGUCGGCAGGAGGGGGGAGGGGAGCUGCGGUGAUCUUCGGAAUGUACUACCUUAGAAACAUUUAACCUUGCUGACAGUUUAGCAAAUAAUGGGGUGCAUCCUUCUUGGUGACAAAGCCUCUUGGCACCUUUAAGCUUUUUUCUUCCAGAAUUGAGUUUGAUUUAG